AUGGCGAUACACUACCUUAUUCUCCUAUCUCGCCAAGGCAAAGUGCGUCUUGCUAAAUGGUUCUCAACCCUCUCGCCCAAGGAUAAGGCCAAGAUCGUCAAGGAUGUAUCUCAGCUUGUGCUCGCUCGUAGAACGCGCAUGUGCAACUUCCUCGAAUACAAGGAUACUAAGAUCGUCUACCGCCGAUAUGCCUCGCUCUUUUUCAUCGCCGGCUGCUCCUCCGACGAUAACGAGCUGAUCACCCUCGAAAUUAUUCACCGAUACGUCGAACAGAUGGAUAAAUACUAUGGCAAUGUGUGCGAGCUUGAUAUUAUCUUCUCCUUUACCAAAGCAUACUACAUUCUCGACGAAAUCCUUCUCGCGGGCGAGCUGCAGGAGACGAGCAAAAAGAACAUUCUUCGCUGCAUCGGCCAGCAAGAUUCUCUUGAAGAUAUGGAGGUCGAGGACGAAGUUACAAAGAUCAUGUAA